AUGUCCCCGACGCCUGCCAAUCCGCGUUGGCCAAAGCCAAAGCCAAAGUCACCAGCAGCAGCAGCAUCAGUAGCACCACUGCCGCUACCAACCCCGGACGAGAUAACCUUUCUGACCCCGGACCCGUUUGUCCCCAAGCCCCUGGUCGCCGACAUACUCCGGACGCGCUACUGCAUCCCCGGGUCCAUCUUUCUGGUCGAGGGCGUCGACACCUUUCGCGCUGGAUCAUCAUCAUUAUCAUCCUCUGUCCACCGGUCCAAGAAUCGAUGGCGCGGCAUGCGCCUGCUGCUGGGCGACGGCGAGCUGUGUAUCCAGGCUCUGCUCGCUGGUGAUAUGCACAGUUAUGUCGACCGCGGCGACGUCGCCCCAGGUGCCUACGUCAGCCUGGAGAGCUUCACAUUGGAGCGUGCGGUUACCGAGCAGCACGGCGGUGGCAACAGUCAUGAGAAGGGCAAGGGCAAGAUGGUGGGCGACCACCAGAACGCGGCCGGCGUCGUCUACCUUGCCGUGACUAAUCUGAUCACGGUCGGCUGGAACAAUCGGCUGCUGGCCAUGCUCGAUGCCGAAGAGGUUGAUGUGGGCCCCGUUACUGAGCCUGAGCAUGCAUCCGAAGAAGACGCCGGCAUACCCAAGGAGGCUGAGGUCAAGGCUGUAGUCGCGACGGAGACGGAGCCGAACCCAGAGCCAGAGUCAGCCGAGGGCAUUGCUCGUCCUCGGCAACAUCCCGACGUGGACCUUCUCAGAGAAGUAGCGGAUGCCGCCGAGGAGGACGAAGACGACGAUUUCUUUGAAGUCAUGGAGGUUUCCCAGGAUAGAUCAGCCCAAAAGCGAGCCGAAGUCAUGGCCGCAAGGGCAGCUUCCUCACUGUCCGACUACUCGGUACCCGUCGAUCCAGACCAGCUGCCGUGGUCCAGCAUGGAUCCAACCAAGCCUCUCAAGCUCACCACCCUGCGCGCGAUACCCAACCUGCCGUACAAGCAGAACUGGUCCACCAAUGUCCUAGCUAUUGUUGCCUCCAUCUCCGAUGUCCAGGCCUCGCCCCUGCCCCCCUUCAGCCAGAGGGUGGCCCGGCUUGCGCACCCGUCUACACCAAAGCAGGUCCACCUGACCGUGUUCCUCGACGCGCACGACUUUACCCCUCGUGUCGGCAGCGUUGUUUUGCUGCUUGGGGUCAAGAACCACCGGUUCGACGGCGGUAGUCUGAAGAAAUAUGCCAGUGACAAGCUCAAGAGUGGUACCAGAUGGUGGUUUGACGAUCCUGUCGAGUUUACUUGGUGUGAUGUCAAGGGGCUCCAUACAUGGUGGCAUCAGAAGCAGCUUGACGAGCAUUGA